AUGGCUGAAAUCAAUGUUGAGGAGGAGGAGGAAUACUGGGCACAAACGGAGGGAGAACAAGUCGACAUGUCGUCGCAACCUCAAAUGGAUGUCAAUGCUCUGUUGCACAGCAUGCGUGCACAGAUCUUGACAUUGACCACUCAACUCGCCGAGCUGCAGGCAAAUCCCCCUGCAGCAACCCCCUCGGUCAAGAAGAAAUUCAACAAGAAAGUUGAAGUCGUCGCUGACCCUGGCGCCUUCGAGGGAGACAGAGCGUGA